AUGCCCAGAAGAUAUAACCAUCGGGACAGCAACCACUUUAGAGGGAAAGGACAUGUCUAUUUUGCAGUGGAAGAAGCUCUGGGUAUUGGGCUUUUCAUUUUGGUGCUGGCAAUUUUACUUGCCUUUGGCUGCUGGUAUUACAAAAGACGUAGUGGCUACAAAAGUCUGCGGAGCAAAAGCUCUAGUGUGAGCACAAUACGACGCGUGGUAGGUGAGGGAGAAAUACUGGACUGCAAAAUGGCUCUGCAGGACUACAGAGACUUUAAUUCUGUGGUACCUGAUGCUCCACCAGCUUAUGACAAAAUUGCUGCAGAUCAGUCACCACCACCUUAUUCACCAUAAUAAGAUGAAAUUUGAAACCAUAAACAUAC